GUACUUGGGCUACGAUAGAAGCAAGGACGGGAUCAAGUGCAGAACAUACAGAAACUAGUUCGUCAAACAGCAGCUACCUCGCACCCCGAUCGGAUAUUUCUGAAUUCGGAAUUCUAGCAAGAGAUACAGAGGGAUAUGGCAGGAGGACAUGAACAUGGCUACAGUUACAAAGGAGUCACUAUACAUCAGCCAAAGCGAUGGCAUACAGUCACCGGAAAGGGCUUAUGUGCCAUCAUGUGGUUUUGGGUAUUUUACAGAGCUAAGCAAGAUGGUCCUGUAGUAUUGGGUUGGAGGCAUCCUUGGGAGGGUCAUGAUGACCAUGGACAUGGACACUAGACAAUGCACGGAAAAGCCAAUGAUGAAAGCAUAAAUGUUAUUGGUGGCUGGGCGUAGGUACCAAAUGUUAUCUAGGCAGCUUUGUUUAGCUUCUUGUAUUCAAUAAUGUCAACAAGAGAUUAUAGUGGGCAUAAUUUGAUGAACUCAGCUGUUUUUCGACAUGUUAAAUUGUGAACAUGGAUUUGACUUUGCGUGUGUAAUUGUCUCUACAUUUUCCAGUUCUAAUUUUUCUCGUUAUGCAACUUAAA